AUGUCUCCCCCCCUCUCUCUCCUUCUCUCCCUCUUCAUCUUCUCACUCCACUCUGCCUACGCCCACGACAUCACCCAACUCCUCAACCAAUACCCCGAGUUCGCCACCUUCAACAGCUACCUCUCCCAGACCAACCUUGCCGCCGAGAUCAACGCCCGCAACACCAUCACCCUCCUCGUCCUCGACAACGGCAGCCUCUCCCCCCUCUCCGGGAAGCCCGUCGAGCUCAUCAGGAGCAUCCUCUCCGUGCACGUCCUCCUUGACUACUACGAUGCCCCAAGGCUGCAGACUCAAGCCGCCAGCCGCAACCUCAUGACCACCCUCUUCCAGACCACCGGCCUCGCCCGCGGCCAGCAGGGCUUCGUCAGCGUCUCCAGCCCCGCAGUCGGCAGCUUCUCCUUCGGCUCAGCCAUGCCCGGAUCCCCACUUGACUCGAGCCUCAUCAAAUCUGUUCUCCUAGAGCCUUACAACAUCUCAAUUCUACAAGUCAGCAGUGUUAUCAUGCCUCAGGGGAUUGAUGGCACCAAAACUUCCUCUCCGCCGGCCACCUCCCCUCCCGCCACCACCGUUGCAACCCCUCCUGCUCUAGCCACGGCCGCUGCAACCCCUCCUCUUCUAGCCGCCGUUUCUGGAACCCCUCCACCUCCAGCAACCGCCGCUGCAACCCCUCCUCUUCUAGCCACCGUUGCUGGAACCCCUCCACCUCCAGCCACCGCCGCUGCAACCCCUCCUCUUCUAGCCACCGUUGCUGGAACCCCUCCACCUCCAGCCACCGCCGCUGCAACCCCUCCUCUUCUAGCCACCGUUGCUGGAACCCCUCCACCUCCAGCCACCGCCGCUGCAACCCCUCCUCUUCUAGCCACCGUUGCUGGAACCCCUCCACCUCCAGCCACCGCCGCUGCAACCCCUCCUCUUCUAGCCACCGUUGCUGGAAUACCUCCACCUCCAGCCACCGCCGCUGCAACCCCUCCGCCAACCACAUUACCUUCUCUACCAAUUCUGCCACCACUAGCAAGCUUGCUUCCGAUCCCAUCAACGGCUCCACCAACACCGAGCGCAGCCACAGUCCCAGCCCUGGCUCCACCAACACCGAGCGCAGCCACAGUCCCAGCCCUGGCUCCACCAACACCGAGCGCAGCCACUGUCCCAGCCCUGGCUCCACCAACACCGAGCGCAGCCACUGUCCCAGCCCUGGCUCCAUCAACACCGAGAGCAGCCCCAGUCCCAGCCCUGGCUCCACUAACACCGAGCAUUGCUGCUCCCCUUCCAUCUACCGCCGCACCAAAGGCGAGCACUGCUCCUGUCGCAGCUGCAACCACACCAACGCUGAGCAAGGCCCCUUUACCUUCAAAAUUCCCGCCACCAGUUUCUUCCAGGCCAUCCGCAUCCCCAGCCUCAACACCAACGGCUAACGCCCCUGGUUCAGCUAUGGCUCCAGGUGUAGAGGGACCGUCAUCAGAGGUUGGAGGAGCAACUCCAGCCGGAGGUAAACCAGCAGCAAAGAGCGCGGCCACAUCUCUUGGUUACGGCCUUGGUCUCUUGUUUACAAUGGUGUUGUCCAGCAUUUACCUAGCAUCAACAGUUUGA